CGGGCCUCCCCUGACCGCCCGAUCCCGCCGCCUGGGGCCCCGCGAAUCUUGGGGCCUCUGUCCGCGCCGAACUCCGCGGCCGGGCCUCGGCCGCUCUGUCGCGAGGCCGCCCCCUGCCCUCUCGCCGCCUCUGCCCGCGCCCCGGCCCGCUGCGAACUCUGCCCUGCGCUCCGGGGCCUCCGGCUCGGGCGCCGGAAGCGGCCCGUGCCUGCCCUGGCCGUUCUUUGCCGGGAGGACGGCGGUGCGGGUUCUGCCUCGGCCGCCGUCCCCGGGGCUCGGGGGCAGCGGCAGCGCGUACGUCGGGAGCUGCUUCGUGCUGGGGACCGCUGCCGGCUUGGGAGAAGCCGGGGCUUGUGCCCGUCCUUCCCUCGGUGUCUCAUUGCCUAGGCUGCACAGGGUGCAUUACUUACCGUUCCCGGGGUUUAAUGGAAGCAGGAGAUGUUCGGUCUGGCUAAAGAGGAUGCCAGCCCCCAUCAGACUGCGGGAGUUGAUCCGGACCAUCCGGACAGCAAGAACCCAGGCAGAGGAGCGUGAGAUGAUCCAAAAAGAAUGUGCUGCUAUCCGGUCAUCCUUCCGAGAGGAAGAUAACACAUACCGAUGCAGAAACGUGGCAAAGCUGCUGUAUAUGCACAUGCUGGGAUAUCCUGCGCAUUUUGGACAGUUGGAGUGCCUCAAGCUUAUUGCGUCUCAGAAAUUCACAGACAAGCGCAUUGGGUAUUUAGGUGCCAUGUUGCUGCUGGAUGAGAGACAGGAUGUUCAUCUUCUUAUGACCAAUUGCAUCAAGAAUGACCUUAAUCACAGCACGCAGUAUGUGCAGGGGCUGGCACUUUGUACUCUUGGCUGCAUGGGCUCCUCAGAAAUGUGCAGAGACCUUGCAGGAGAGGUGGAAAAGCUCCUCAAAACUUCCAAUUCCUAUCUUAGGAAGAAGGCAGCACUGUGCGCUGUUCAUGUCAUCAGAAAGGUGCCUGAACUUAUGGAGAUGUUCCUGCCAGCCACCAAAAACUUGCUGAACGAGAAGAACCACGGUGUUCUUCACACAUCAGUUGUCCUCCUCACAGAGAUGUGUGAGAGAAGCCCAGACAUGCUUGCACACUUUAGAAAGAAUGAAAAGCUUGUUCCCCAAUUAGUUCGUAUUCUGAAGAACCUUAUCAUGUCUGGAUAUUCGCCAGAGCAUGAUGUGUCUGGGAUCAGUGACCCCUUUUUGCAGGUACGAAUCCUGCGGUUACUAAGAAUUUUAGGGAGAAAUGAUGAUGAUUCUAGUGAAGCAAUGAAUGAUAUACUUGCACAGGUUGCCACUAAUACAGAAACAAGUAAAAAUGUGGGAAAUGCCAUUCUCUAUGAAACUGUGCUGACUAUUAUGGAUAUAAAAUCUGAGAGCGGCCUGAGAGUCUUAGCCAUUAACAUCCUAGGCCGUUUCUUAUUAAACAACGACAAAAAUAUUAGAUAUGUAGCUUUGACGUCACUGUUGAAAACUGUGCAGACAGACCAUAAUGCAGUACAGCGGCACCGAAGCACCAUUGUGGACUGCCUGAAGGAUCUGGAUGUCUCCAUUAAAAGGCGUGCAAUGGAACUGAGUUUCGCUCUUGUUAAUGGGAACAAUGUCCGUGGAAUGAUGAAGGAGUUACUGUAUUUCCUAGAUUCUUGUGAACCAGAGUUCAAGGCAGACUGUGCAUCUGGAAUAUUUCUUGCAGCGGAAAAAUAUGCUCCUUCCAAGCGCUGGCACAUAGACACAAUUAUGAGAGUCUUAACAACGGCAGGAAGUUAUGUUCGUGAUGAUGCUGUUCCCAAUCUGAUCCAGUUAAUAACUAAUAGUGUGGAGAUGCAUGCCUACACUGUGCAGAGACUCUACAAAGCCAUCCUUGGAGAUUACUCCCAGCAACCCCUGGUACAAGUUGCCUCCUGGUGCAUAGGAGAGUAUGGAGAUCUUCUGGUGUCUGGUCAGUGUGAAGAGGAGGAACCAAUACAGGUAACAGAGGAUGAAGUUCUUGAUAUUUUAGAAAGCGUCCUGAUAUCUAAUAUGUCUGCAUCUGUGACACGAGGCUAUGCUCUCACUGCCAUCAUGAAGCUUUCCACAAGGUUCACCUGCACUGUCAAUCGCAUUAAGAAGGUAGUUUCCAUCUACGGCAGCAGCAUUGAUGUGGAGCUACAGCAGAGAGCUGUGGAAUAUAAUGCACUUUUCAAGAAAUAUGAUCACAUGAGGCCAGCACUGCUUGAGAGAAUGCCAGUAAUGGAGAAAGUCACCACAAAUGGCCCUGCUGAGAUUGUACAGACCAAUGGAGAGACAGAGACAGCAGUACUGGAAACCAAACCUCCACCCUCUGGAUUGCAGCCUGCUAACCAGGCAAAUGAUUUAUUGGACUUGUUGGGGGGAAGUGAUAUAACACCUGUAAUUCCCACUGCACCUACAAGCAAGCCAGCCACUGCUGGUGGGGAGCUGCUUGACCUCCUGGGAGACCUCAACCUAACAGGUUCUCCAGUAUCUGCCCCUGCACCCCAGAUAGCACAGCCUCCGUUUCUGCUCGAUGGACUUACAACUCAGCCUCUCUUCAAUGAUAUUGCUGCAGGAAUCCCCUCCAUUACUGCAUACAACAAGAAUGGGCUGAAGAUUGACUUCACCUUUGAGAGGUCGAACACCAACCCUAGUGUCACUGUAAUCACGAUACAGGCCUCCAACAGCACAGAGCUGGAUAUGACAGAUUUUGUUUUCCAAGCUGCAGUACCAAAGACAUUCCAGCUGCAGCUUCUGUCUCCCAGCAGCAGUGUCAUCCCUGCAUUUAAUUCUGGGACCAUCACACAGGUCAUUAAAGUCCUGAAUCCACAGAAGCAACAACUACGUAUGCGGAUCAAGUUGACAUAUAAUCACAAGGGCUCUGCAAUGCAGGAUCUAGCAGAAGUCAACAACUUCCCCCCUCAGUCUUGGCAAUGAGGCUCUGGCACCAUUCUUACUCUCAUCCCACCCAAUCAAAAGAACUCUGGGAAGAAGGUUGUGAUCCUUGGCAAUCCCCCAAACUGCACCAUGGGCAUGGGGAACAAAAGAGACCUGCUGAUGAGGAGGAAUUUUCCUGAAGUGAUUGCUGACUUUGAAGCAUAUCUGUUAAGAUUAAUCUCCUCUCCUCUGCUGAUGAGGCUGGUGGCUUGUGGAGGCUACUGUGCACUCCCUCACACAUGCAUUCACAGCCAGAAGCAACAUUCCCUUCUCCCCUUCCCCAUCCUCCUUCCCCCUCAAAAAGGAACACAGCCUGGUUGGAAGAGAAGUCUGGAAUUUCUAGCAGGGAAGCUUUCUUCUCUCUGCAGCAAGUGAGCAGUUGCUCCUUCUUUCUGCUGUCUUUUUUUCCCUGGGGUGGGUAAGGCGUGUUGUCAUUCAUUUCUAGCUGGAUUCCUUCAGGCAUUUUCAUCUGGGACUCAGAUGGGGUCUUGGGGAAUGCCAAGCUGCCCUUCGUCUUUCUUCUUGUAUCCCCUAGGUCUUAAGGGGCUGGAGGCUUCUUAUGACCUACUCAGUGCAUUAUUGUAUACACGCACUUCUUAGUUAUGUGCUGCAUACCAAGAGCAAGUGAGGCCUUUGGAGUUCAUCUGCAAACCUGGAACACAGUGCAGGAGAAGAGGUGCUGGUAAGAGUUGGUAAAAUUGCUUCGGUGCUGUACUUGAAAAUGAAGCCCUUACACCUGAAUUUUCUCUCCUUCCAUCAGCAGGCACAGCCAUGCAGAUUCAGUCUUCUGUAGCUUCCCCAGAAAGUGAAGUGUGUUAUGAGAGAUGUAGAGAUAAAAGGAGCAGCUGGUUUUCUACCACAUACGGUUUCAAAGUCUUUCAACCUGUUAGUUGUGGUUUAUGGGUAGAAAAGACACAUUCAAUUUUGUAGAUCAGUUUUUGGGCAAGGGCUUUGCUCCUGCUGGAGGACUCAUCAGAGACUAUGCUGCAAAGUUGCUCUUCCUGGUUAUUCCAGAACUUCUCCCCAAUUUUAUUUCCAGAGCCUGUUGUAGACCCCCUGGGUUCCAUUUGAGUUACUUCUGACUGGGAUAUUUGUGUUGUAUCUGUAAUAUUGGCACUGAAAUAAAGACCAUGCAGUUUAAAGAGACCUUUUCCCAUUUUUUUACUUAGUUGAUCCUUGCUCCCCUUUCAGAAUUAAUGUGCCAGUUCACAUUCAGACUGAAAGUAACUAAACUGUGUUUUGAAUGGAAGCCAGUUGUUUGAGUAUUUGGAUCCAAAGAUGCAAGGUCUGGUUGGUACCCCUCUGAGUUCACAGAAAGCUGUGUUCAGGGAUGUCCCUGCAGGAACUCCUGCAAGGUGGUGCAGUUCUGGGCAGUCUCUAGGAGGUGAUGUGUAAGACAGACAAAAGCACAGUGUGACAAACUCCAGAUGUUCAGUGCUCUUUAGGAUAUAUCUUAGGAUACAUCUUAGGUCUUCAUUUUUGAGUGUGCUGGUAAGCUGAAGGUUGGGCACUUCUGCUUCAGUUCUGUUCUAGGGCUUUCCAAAUCAUUGAGUGCUGUGAGCACUAACUUAGACAUAGUUUCUUGUGUCCACAGAAAUGCUAACAGUGGGCUUCAGAACUUGCCAAAAAUAUUGCAAGAGUGAUCCACAGUGUACUUAGGGAAAACUGAAGACCUGUUCUGCCCUUGAAUUGAGAGCAGGAGGCCACUGAGGGUUGUUCAGUCUGGUCUGGUCUUGACUGCAUUAAGCAAUAUAAUGUAGGACUGACACUAAUUAAAGUGCUGGUCCAUGUGUAGUGGAGUAAAUUUAUCUUCUCUUGAAGGGUACUUUUGCUGCCUUACUGAUUGAACUGAUUUGGGCCUUUGGAUUAGCAAAGAGCUUUUUUUUUUCCCUGGAACUGGCAUCAGUAGGGUUAUAAAAUCUAGAAGAACAAUGUAUGAUUUCCUUAAAAUUAACGUUGGGUUGUGGUAGGGUCAUGCCUUGGUUAUCAGUGGAGAGAUCUAUCCUGUGCUUAGCUGGAAGCAUCAUGAAACAGGCAGUUUUGCAAGAAAUGGCUGAAUCAGGGUCCAUUUCUGGUGCUUGAGUAUUUAGCUUAAUCGUUUUCACUGCAGUUGUGGUUAUUCAUUGCCCCACUAGCUCAAGCUCAGUGUUGAAGACUGAGCAUGUUAAACCCAUACCCCAGUGAGCUCUGAGAGCGUCCCAGAUAAAAAGCUAAUGGGAAGUCUUUGCCUUGGUUCCUGAACUCCUCCUAAGCUCUGUCAUUCUCUUCACAGAGUUGUACAUGAUCACUCGUACUGAAAGCCAGCAUGCCUCGCUCUCCCUUUGGUUUUGCUGGGAAAGAGCACUGGUACAGGAAAUUAGAUGGGAAGGAAGAAGAAAAUGGUCUCUCGCCUGGCCAGUUUGUUGCAACAGAGUUGGGAACAGUGUAUGUUGUCCCUCUUGUCAUGCUUGUUUUCUGUCCCCUAGAGCAGCUGUCCGUCUCUGGUAACCUUGCGGGGUGAAUUCUUUCUGUGUUCUUGGCUCCUUCAGCCACCCUUGCACUGUGUCUGUGGGGAAGUGGGCAUUUCGUCCUGUAUUUGAGUCGAGCUGGAGGAGGCGAUGCGUGUACCCAAAAUAUGCUUUGCAGGAAGCCCUCCCUUGGCUAUGAAGUACUCCUUUGUAGCAGCCAAACAUUCCAGUUGUCCUUGGAGCUCUCCCCUCCUCACUAAGGGAUGGAUGCUGAUAUUACACAAGAAGGAAGGCAGGCUUCACACCUUCCCUAUCUGCAAUGCCAGAUAAUGCUGCUUGCUCCUUGACCCCCACGUGCAUUUCAAGCUCUGUGCUGCUGCUGUGGUUUUCCUCUGGAGCGUGCUCGCACGCCUGAGGCACUCCAAGCAUACCCUGAGUCCUCUUCCCGCCAGUUGAAUGCAACAAUUCUUACAGGUCUGGUCAACGUUUUCCUUGCUUCAGUGUAAGGGGGAUAUAAAGGCAGCAAGAUAUGGACUUCUUGGCUAAUCUUACUAGUAUCUGCAUGGGAGGCUUUGGGACUGGGAGACACUGGAUGUCUUUUUUUCCAAGUGAAUGUAUUUUCAGUCAAAAAAUGACAGAAACGAUAGUGGCCAUAAUGGGCCUGAAGGGGGAGGAGACAUGAAAAGGUCCUAAAAGUUGACUUUGUCCAGGUCUUGAUGGCACAAAAUAUGGCCUUGAACAACCUAUUGAAGCAAUAGCAGUGAGGGGACUGUCUUUACAGUACCUUGGAUCUCUAACUCAGAAGAUACUGAAGCAGCUGGGAAAGGUACCCGUGCCUUGCCUAAGGCUGGUACUAGCUGUGAGCCGCAGCAGCAGUGACGCUGGUGCACUUUUGUGUGUUCAUUUUCUACUUGGAGGCUGUGAGGGAAGGAGCUGCUGGACUGCUUCCCUUUUAACUUUCACUCUCCUCCUGCAUAUUUCUUUUUCUUUCGUGAUGUUGUAAUUUAAAUUUUACACAGAGCCCCAUCCCACCUCUUUGACAGUAUAGAGAAAAAAAAAGGCAAACAAAAAAUGACUACAAACCCCCAACAAACCCAAAUUUAAAGUGAAAAACAUGCCAUUUGAGGCAGGGCACCUGUUGGCACUUGAAAUUCUGGAGACCUAUUUUUGAGAUGUGAAAAAUUUAGGUAAAUGCUGAGUCAUAGGUGAGUGAGGAGCUUAACAGAUGUAAACAUUUACAUGGGAUGCAUUAGACUUCUGCUGUGUGUAUUGUCUUUUGGUUGAAACAAAUUAUGAAGUGACUAAUAAAAUGAGUCAAUAUUCAAUGAUUUAAAA